UGUGUCAAGAGAAUAAUUUAAGAUUAUAAUGUAUAAUUUAGAUUUUUUCAGAAAAAAAACUUUUUUAAGCUUCAGAACACAUUUUUAUAUUAAAUAUUAGUGUCUUUAGCAGCUUUAAAAAAGAGCAGGGAGACUGAAACUGCAGUAAAAGAGAAUAUUCCUCCCCAUUGAUUCAUGACAGGUUAAGCCUGCCACUGUGCUUAACGGAGUCAACUCUUUUAAGAAUCAGUUAGCUGUUCUGAAUCAGUUUCUCUCUAAUGGCGCGCGGAUACUCUCUCUCUCAGCGGCAGUGCAGGUUAACCAGCGCCACAGCUCGUGCCACUGGCCUUCUUUCUUCACUCUGAGACAAUGAGUGACUACAUAUCCUGGAAACCUGCUGAAGUAUGCCAGUGGCUAGAGAGAAACAAUUUGGGAGAAUUCUCUAAUGUUUUUAUGGGUGAGAUCCACCUCAUUAACUAGAUUCUAAAGGAACACCCUGGUCCAUGUACUAUUGUCCCAGUUGCUCUGUUAAGAAAUAUUCAUUAUCAAAAUAUUUAAGACAUUUACAGUAUUUUCAUGAGAAUGAACCUAACUUCUCUGUCAGAUGCGGACUUGACAAUGGAUGCCCUAAUGUUUACAAGAAAAUAAGUUCUUUCAAGGUUCAUAUUUUCCGCAAACAUAAAUCAGUCAAAAGGAACUUGGAUGAAGAGCACAAGCUGCAGUAUGAAAUUGAAGAUGUUGAGGAAGAUUGUGAUGAAAUUGUCCAUACAGAAUUGCUGUCUGAUAAAUUAAGCCAUUUUACAGAAAAUGUCCAGAAACACUUUGGCCUGUUUUGUUUAAAGCUGCAAGAAAAACACAUAAUUCCUAAGACUGUUACCCAAAGUAUUUCACAGGAGGUUAAAAGUUUAAUCGAGUUGUUCAAUGAACAGUAUCGAGCUCUGCUAAAGACUUGUCUUCAAGAAGAGCACACAGAGCUUGAAAGACGUUCAGAUCUUAAAGUCCUAAUUGAAGACAAUUUAUUUGGAAAGUGCUUUGAGCAUGUUACAUCAGACUAUCAGUUUGAACGAUAUUGCAUAAAAGAGUUUGGAUUGGUUCAACCUGUUGAGUACAUUCUUGGAACUGACCAGAGCGGGAAAAAGGACACUUUUCAAUACAUACCUAUUUUGGAAGUUCUAAGUCAUAUUUUAAACAGAAAAGAAGUGUUUUUCUUUGUACAGGAGAAGAGAGUUUCUGAUGGAGCGGCAUUAACCGAUUUCACUGAUGGGUCUUUUUUUAAGAAGAAACAAGCGCUGCUUGGUUGCAACGAGUCUGACAAGUUGUUGACACUGCAAUUGUACACAGAUGAGUUUGAAAUUUUGAAUACACUUGGUUCAAAAAAACUGAUUCAUAAGAUAGCCUGUUUUUAUUUUGUGGUUGGAAAUCUACCUCUGAAGUACCGCUCACAACUUAAGAACAUACACGUCGCUGUUUUAGUCCGAAACAAGCUGUUACAGAAAUAUGGCUAUGAGCCCAUUCUUCAGCCGCUCAUCUGUGAUCUCAUAGAGCUGCAAUUGAAGGGAAUAUCAGUCAGUGUUGAUGACCAAACUCAUGUUUUCAAAGGAGUGCUUUUUUCCAUUUCAGCUGACAACCUAUCUGCCCAUUCUCUUGCUGGUUUCAAUACAUGUUUUAGUCAUGGCUUUAUUUGUCGAUUCUGUAUGUGCCAUCAUGACAAAAUGCAUAAUGCAAUUGAUGAGGCGUCUUGCAUUCGUCGGACCUCUGAUGAUCACAAAAGCCAUUUAGCAGUUGAAAAUUCAAAAAGUCUCUAUGGUGUUGCUGGACAUUGUCCAUUUGAAAAAAUUCCUCAUUUUGAGGUGACUGAAUCUUUUCCACCAGACCUCAUGCACGAUGUUUUAGAGGGUGUAAUUCCACAUGUUACACGGCUAGUCUUAAAGAAACUCAACAGUGAUAAACUUAUCACGAUUCAGCAGUUGAAUGAACGACUACAAGAGUUCCCUUUUGGACAAAAUGAUGUUACACACAAGCCAGUGUUUUUGAGACAGACAGUCCUGCAGGGAAGUGGAAUUCAAGGAAAAGCUGUUGAAAAGCUUGUAUUGUUUCGUCUUCUUCCUUUUCUAAUAGGAAACUUUGUUCCUAAACGGAAUACCCACUGGGAUCUCUAUCUUUUAUUGCGAUCAGUAUGUGACAUCCUUCUUGCACCGGUCAUAAAAACAAGUUGGCUAAGUCCUCUGACGGCUCUAAUAACAGACUUUCUGACAAGUUUUCAAAGAUCGUUUCCAGAUGAUUUCAUACCAAAGAUCCAUUACUUGGUUCACUAUCCACGACUGAUAGAGAAUUUUGGACCUCUGAGGGCACACUGGUGUCUUCGAUAUGAGGCAAAGCACCUGUAUUUCAAACGACUCUCAUCUGUAGUCAACAACUACCAAAAUAUUGCUAAAACUCUUGCAAAGCGCUACCAAAUGAGACAGUGUUGGGAGUCCCAGUCUAGUACCACCAAUUCAGAAGUAGUUCCAGAUAAUGUGACCAAAAUACCUCUAAGAGCACUCCCGGCUCCACUAAUGGAAAUUGUUGCAAGUGAUUCUGCAAACUUAGCAGAAUCUGUGUGGAAAGCGAAACAAUUGGAGCAUGACAGAGUCCAAUACAAAGUCGGUGAUUUCUACAUUCUGGACCUUUUGCAUGCAGAGGAGAUUCCAGUUUUUUUGAAACUGAUUUACAUAAUCAAGUUUCAUGAGGAGUGGAAAUUGUGUGGUAGGAUUUACCAAAGUUCUCACUAUUCAGAACAUUUACAUGCCUAUGGUGUGAAGUCAACUACCCAUUGGAUGGUUGUGAACCCUGGUGAAGAAGUGGACUAUCAUCCCCUUGACUGUUACGCUGAUGAGAAGGAUGACCUUUACAUCACCCUGCAUCAUCGUCCUGUGAGAAAUAACUUAAUCUUAAGUAAAAGACACUUGCACUGAAGUACAUACAGACUAGCCAAACUGAGUAGUCAGCACACGCAAAGCUACAGAACUAGCACAUUUAGUACAUUGCAAAAUUGAAUUUUGGAUUAUUUUGCGAUUUUAUGAUUUUUUUUUUUUUUAAUAAAUAUCAUACUGCUUAGACAAUGUGUUAACCAUCACCUUAAAAUCACCUAGCUAAUGAAAAGCUAUAUUAAAGACUAUGAAAACUGUUAACAGACUAAAGUUUUACUAUAGCAGUGUGACAUUUGUAUGAAAUUAUGAAAUUUAAUGUUCUUCAGUAAGGUGUAAAAUAUAACUUUUUUUUUUUCCCCUUAGAGCAUGAGAUUGACGGAGCAACUUUAGGUGUUUUCACAGAGCGAAUGGCAGAGAGACUCAUACCCAUAAUUAAAAAACAGGCCGUUUUUAUGUCUCUUCUGGAAAAACUGAAAACAAGUGAAGCACACAG